GUUCUUUUCCACGACGUGCGCAACGCCGCUGCUACCUUGACUUAUGUGCUUUUCGAUAUCAUUAGACGUAAUCAACCAACUCGAAUCUUUUACACUUGAAUAAACAUAUACACACACACCUAGCCUACCAUACCUUUCCUUUCCUUGCUUUAGACGCACAAACAUACCGUCCUGCGUACCUUACACAAACACAUAUACACAUAUACAGACGCACCCACGCAUACUUGUAUCCGUACAUACGCACACCACCAUCAAGCCUACAACCUCCUUUUUGUCAUUAUUACUCUUGCCCCCCUCGUCCGCUUCUCUCCUUCUUGUUCUUCCUCACCUCCCUCUUUCUGUUCCUCUUCACACCCCUCCGACCAGUCUCCCCGCCUCUGCCACCUGACAUCAACAACAUUGACUGCCCUGCUGUCCGUAACUUGUACCUAAUCUAGGCCAUCCUCUGCGUCUGCCAUCUUCGUUCGUCGCCCUCCCCAAGUCCUUCCCACAAACUAUCCCGGUUGGACCGUCGCCCCCCCUCGACGCCCCCCUGCCGAGCUUCGCCCGCAUCCAUCCCGCUGCACCGUGGUUUACACUAAACUCGCGCAAUCCCGGUGCUGCAACUCUCGUUCCAGGGGGCCAGGGCAACUCACCCCUAACUCGACGGGAACCUGGACACCAGACGUCAACCCCGCCGUCCGUUACCCUCGCUGUCCUUGUCGUCCCUGCCCGUCAGAGGUACCUUUCUUCCCGCCUUGCCGCUGAGCGCCCAGUGCACCACUACCACAACCACGACCUCGAACCCCUCUGCCCCCAAACUCGUCAACUUGCGCUGCUCAUAAUAUCCUUUUCUUUCCGACGACACAACACCGCACACAAACGCACAACCUCUCGACGACCGCCUCUGCCACCGAAUUUCCCCCCUCCCCCUUCCCUUCACCAUGGCCGAGAAACCCUCAGUCCUGAUCAUCGGGGGGCUGGGCUACAUCGGUCGCUUCCUGGCUCGCUACAUCCACGACAAUGACCUCGCCUCAGAGGUCCGCGUUGUCGACAAGGCCUUGCCCCAACUCGCAUGGCUUGCUCCCGAAUUCCAGGACGCCUGCGCCGGCAGCAAAUUCAUGCAGGCCGAUGCAAGCAGAGAACAAGCCCUAGCAAAGAUAUUCGACCGCGCCGACGGCAAACAGUGGGACUACGUUUUCAAUUGCGGCGGCGAGACGAGAUAUUCGCAAGAGGAUGAGGUCUACAAGUUGCGCUCUCUCGGCCUGUCGCUUGCUGUUGGCAAGGAGGCAGCCAAGCGCAAGGUCAAGGCCUUCAUCGAGCUCAGCACCGGCAUGGUCUACAAGUCAGACUCGUCCCCAAGCAAAGAGGGCGACAAGUUGAAGCCUUGGAGCAAGAUCGCAGUCUACAAGCUGCAAGCCGAGGAGGAAUUAGCAAAAAUCGAGGGACUGAAUCUCAUCAUUGUGCGCUUGGCACACGUCUACGGCCCGUACGCGUCGCAAUGGGUUGCUACGGCACUUUGCAUGGCCCGUGUCUACCAAUACCUGGAGAGCGAAAUGAAGUGGCUGUGGGACAAGGGCCUCCGACAGAACACGGUACACAUUACAGAUGCCGUACGAGCACUUUGGGAUAUCACGGCGUGGUACAGCAAAGGCAAGGACAAGUGGGAUGUUAAGACCAUGGGCAAGGUGCCCACGUUUAACGUUGUCGACAAGGGCAUCACCACACAAGGCACCAUGUCCGAGAUUAUUGGCGACAUCUUCAAGAUCGAAACGGGAUUUCAGGGACAACUCAUCAGCACAUUUGCGCGCCUGAACAUGGACAGCGUCGUCGACGACGUCAACGACGAGCUCAUGGGACCAUGGGCCGAACUACUCGAGAAGGCGGGCAUUGCGCGACCGGGACCUCUUACGCCCUUCAUGGAGAAGGAGCUGUUGAAAGACACGGACCUGAGCAUGGACGGUAACCGCUUAGAACAGGUUGUCGGCUUCCAGUACGAAAAGCCCAAGUUGACCAAGGAAUUGGUCGAGGAGGUGAUUGAGAGCUACAAGACGAUGAACUGGUGGCCGUGACGGUCACGGACGGACGGAAACGAAUUAGAAGCAUAAAACGGCGUGCGGAUGAUGACUUUCGGCCUGGAUUCGUUUGAAUCGAAGCACGGGGAAGGGUACCAACGCAGGCGCGGGCGCGGGUUGCGGAAUCGAGAAGGGGGAAGCGAGAGAGACAGAGAGAGAGCGCGCCAUGAUAUCAGUCGAAUCGUUUGUUUGGAAACUCCACUGCGUGCGAGCAGCAUUCAGGAGCCGAUGGCGGGGAGUGCCGGGGAGUGCCGGGGCAUUUGUAUAACCAAGAUAUCCUUUUCCUUUUAUUACUCUUCGUAGCUCCGGCCAUGUAUAUUGGCGACAUUUUUGAAGGCAGUAAUCCACGACGAAAUUAGGCCAAAAUAAAUAAAUAAAUGGAGCGCGCAUAUUCUUGAAGCAUGUUGAAAGAAAGGGAGCUGUACCUGAGCUGUCACAAGCAGGGGGUUGCCUGCUGGCAUAUUCUUGAAACAGCAAAGAGCUCUCACGUGUGGUUUUCCGCGGGCGGGAACGUCGCGGACGGCCACCUCUUGGCCCCCGUGGGAGCUGGGAUUCUCCUGCCUGCGUGACCGACUUCUUUGGAGCUUGACCCCGCCGCAACGAGGUGUCUCCCUCUUCGCUGCGGCGCUACUUGCCAUCUCGAAGAAUUGAAGACUUGAAGCUUCGUUCAUCGGCCGGACCCAUUUCGGACGCAGGAGUCAUCCCAACCAGGCACCGGAAAUCCUCGAGACGAUUCGUCGAAUAGACGAGUUUUAUUCGGAUGCCUCUCAUUGCGCUUCGGUUCGCUCGCUUGUGUGACGGAUGCUAAAACACAUCGUUCCCCGAUGGUCGGUUCAGGGUCUGGUUCAGAAACCCGGAGCGAGGAACAAGGAGCCAAAGACAAGUUCGGUCGACGUCGACGUUGACGUUGGUCGGCUGGCACUACUGUGCGAGUUGUCAAAUAAAUGUCUGCAGUUUCCCAAGCUGAUGCAGCGAGCCGCUGACGGGAUGCUGUCGUGCGAUGAGGCACCCGAGACGGGUAGCAGUGGUACCAGCUAGUCGACAACCGAGUCCACUGCUGAGUGCUCUGAGAUGCUGAGAUUGACACGAUGGCUUGAGCCAGAC